AUGUGGAGUUCAGUGAACCCAAUCAGUUUUUUUUCCACUUCUCAGAAACACUUAGCAACAAGUAGAAAAGCAGUAAAAAGUGCAAAAACUAAGAAAAACUCGCGCUCUCUCGGAGUCAGCAAUGGACUGAAAGGGCCUGUGGCGGACAGGAACACUUUUCUGACACCCAAAAAACCCAGACUGGUGUCCUUCCGUCGUUUUUUUUGCUUCUCUUCUUUCGGCUUGCUCUUUUUGGCCAGGAUCGAAGAACCUUUUCAAAGUCACCUACUUCUCCCUUGUCUUCAAAGCGUCGAGGUAGAAUUUGAAAUGGUCGUUGAACAAGUUGCCGAGGCGGUUGGAUUCUGCUUUAUCCGGGUUCGUUUUGUUCACCCAGUCCCAAAAGCCGUGUCUGUGGUUCAAAAAAAGUCCGUUGUGCGGACCGCGAUUUCGGAGGAAAUCGAGCACAAGCAGUAUGUGCCCAUUCUUUACAUUUUCCCUGGCAUUUAA